AUGAAAAUUAAAUUCCAUUCAUAUAAAACUAGUUUAAGUUUUUCAGAAUAUAAGGAUGAAUUUGAAAAACAAAGAUUAACAAUUGAACCAUAUAGAUGUGUUCAAAAUUGUGGUAUUACACAAAAUGGACAAGAUAAAUUAGUUUAUCCAAACCCUAAAGAAACCUCAAGAUAUGGCGAUGCAAAUCAUUUCUUUAAUCCAAACAAUGGAGAGAAUGAAAAUUAUUAUGAAAAUGUAAAUUAUGAUAGAAUAUUUCAAAGUGAUGAUACUCCAUCUAUUAACACAAAUACUCAAUCAAAUAAUAAUAGUAAUAAUAAUAGUAAUAAUAAUAAUAUUAAUAAUAAUAAUAUUAAUAAUAAUAAUAAUAAUAAUACAACAAUAACUAGACAACCAAAUUAUGUAAGUAGUAGUGGUAGACAAGUAUUUCAGCAAUAUAAUGGUGUAUUAAAUAAUACAAAAGAACCUUAUCAAAAAUCAGAUAAAUCUUUAGAAAAAGAAAGAUCAUUAGAAAAGGAAAAAUCUGAAAAAUCAUUAGAUAAGUUUUUUGAAAAAGAAAAGGAAAAAGAAAAGGAAAAAGAUAAAGAUAUUGGUUCAAAUACUCCAAAUAUUAAUUCAACAACAAAUGGUGUUGUUUGUUCACCACCCGCUUUGAAUUUAGGUGAUUCAGUUGGUGUGGGUGGUAAAAAGAGAAAGAAGGAUGUGGGCAUUGAUGGAAAAAGAAAACCUGGUAGACCAAAGAAAUAUAGACCAGAGGAAAAUAUUACAGGUGGUGGUGGUGGUGCUUCAACUGGUGGUGGUGUUGGUGGUAAAGGUGUAAAAGGUAAUCCUAAAUUCAUUAAAAAUCAAUCUUCCUCUUCUUCAACUCCAAAUACACCAGUGUCCUCAAAUACUUCAUUAGUGGAUGCUAAUGCUAAUAAUAGUUUAUCAAAUACACCACAACAAAAUCCAUCAUCACUCUAUUCAACUCUUGAUGAGUCUGAGCAUUCAUAUGAUGAUAGUGAUAGUGAAUUAAUGUCAGAAUCUGAAGAGAGUGAAGAGGUUGAAUCUGAUAUUGAAUUGGUCGUAAAAAGAGGUCCUGGUAGACCACCAAAAUAUUCAAAAUCUACAACUCCUCUAUCUCAAUCUACAAAUUCUACACCAGUUGUAAGUGGUAAAAAACCACAACCACCUCAACAACAACAACAACAACAACAACAACAACAACAACAACAACAACAACAACAACAACAACACCAACAACAACAACAACAACACCAACAACAACAACAACAACAACAACAACAGCAGCAACAAUCACAACUUCAACAACAACAACAACUACAACAAAUACCAAACUCAAAUUCACCAUUAUUUUCAUUAUUAACUCCAAAUUCAACACCAAUUCAACCAUCAAAGAAACAAUCACCAUCACAAAACUCUCAACAAUCACCAACAUCACUACAUCAUAGUCAAUCACAAGAACAAGAAGCAGAACAAGAAGCAGACCAAGAAUCAAAAGAAGAAGCUCAAGGUAGAAGAAGAACAGUAAUUCCUAAUCAACAACUGUUAGCCACACUCUUACCAAAAAGAAAAUAUACAAAGAGAAGUUCAUUAAAUGCUUCAGGAAAUGAUAUUCAAACCAAUACAAAUGGUACUACUAACUCCUCAAAUAAUAAUAAUAAUAAUAUUAAUAACACAAAUUCAACUCAAAUAAAUACAAAAGAAACUGACAGUGAGGAUGAAUAUCAUAAAUCUGGUUCUGAUAAUUCAGAAUAUGAGUCAAACUUUAAUUCAAACAAUAAUGAAAAUAAUAGCAUUAAUAACUCUAAUGAGCCAACUGAUAAUACUAUUGGAAAUGUUAAUAAUAGUAUUGAAAACACGAAUAAUAAUAAUAUAAAUAAUAAUAAUAAUAAUAAUAAUAAUAAUAAUAGUAACAAUAUUAAUAACAACAAUAAUAGUAAUAACAAUAUAAAUAAUAAUAUAAAUAACAACCAAGUCAAACAAGAUGAUAGUGUUUUGGGACAUUUAAAUCGUCAUAUACAGUCCAUUCAAAUUAAUAGACCCAAAGAAAAAAAUGAAGGCAAUAGACCUAAACUUACACCUUUCAACCUUUUUAAAUCUUUACCCGAAAAUAAUAAUAAUAAUAAUAAUAAUAAUAAUAAUAUUAAUAAUAAUAAUAAUAAUAAUAAUAAUAAUAAUCAAAAUAAUAAUCAAAAUAAUAGUAAUAAUAACAAUAAUAAUAACAAUCAUAAUAAUAGUAAUAAUAAUAAUAAUAAUAACAAUCAUAAUAAUAGUAAUAAUAAUAAUAAUAAUAAUCAAAAUAAUAAUCAAAAUAAUAAUCAAAAUAUUAAUAAUCAAAAUAAUAAUCAAAAUAAUAAUCAAAAUAAUCAAAACAAUAAUAAUAAUAUUGAAAAAGAGAUGGAAAUUGAAAAUUCACAACCUGUACAAUCUCAAAUUACAAUCUCCAAAAAUAUAAACGAGGAAGCCCCUUUAAAAAGAGGUCCUGGUAGACCAAGAAAAUCAAAGUUAUCAUCUGCAUUGGUUGAAAAAACAGCCAAUAUAAACUCAAAUAACAUCGUCACAAACGAUAACGAAUUGAACAAUGUCGAUAAAAAUUCAUCAACGAAUCCAGUUGAAGAUGGCCCAAAGGAAAAACCAGUCGAGCAAAUAACAACUUAA